UCCAGGAACAUGAUUGCAGCAGAAGCAAAAGUGGAUUUUUCGGAUGCAGCUGGCUUCCGCAGACCCAUCAAGUUUAACUGUAUCUCAUGUAGUAGACCUGUGGAACUUCCUCUCAGGGGACCCCUCCAGGCCAACCUGCCAGCCCCCAGGGGGGUUCGGACGAAAAGGUCCAAGGGCCCAUAUCUGUCAUACGAAAUGGAUCAGAUUCGUCAGUAUCAACGCGGUCACUACAGCGGUGGGAAAGCUGAGAGAACAUUGAACGACAUCAUUUCCGGUCGACCAUGCGGCGGAAGCCAUACAGUGAUGUAUCUACCAAAGAGACGGACCAAACCUACACAGCUGAAUCAAGUGUUGGGAGGGCGUGACGAUAAUCCAGGUUUCCCAAACUGGGGGAGAGAAAAAUCUGUUAUUGACUUACUGAAAGGAUCUGAUGGACAUGUUUAUAAAGGACGGUUUAAACAGACUAUCCCACCCAUUGGCAAGAAUUCCACCUCUCCCCUGCAUGAACAUGAAGUGACAUCCCUUGGUAAGGAGGAGUCACUGGUGACGUCAUCACGCUCCAACUCGGGUCCCAACUCUCCGCGUAACGUAGUUGUAGGGCAGCCAACAGAGGAAUCCCCCAGGGAACAAAAGGGUAGUCCGCGAGAAGCACAGCCGGGGAAUCAGUCACGGAACACUUCACCGAGAACUCGAAUGAGACACAUUGUCAAACGGCACGGCUCUGGCUCACCACCCGCUCCAGUGCCUUCACCUUCUCCCCCGACCGUGCGAGAGACUGAGGCACAGAAAGCUUCACAGAAACAGGAAAGACAAGGAGAGGACGCCCAGUCAAAGUUAUUUACGCCAGCUGCUCCAAGGCCGUCCCCUGACGUAGCCGGAGGAAACGAUGAAGUAGAUCCGCGCGGAACCGAGAACGUUACGGAACCUCAGAUGCUGCCUCCACGCUCAGAACAUAAAGAUGGAUUCACAACAACAACGAGUAACUGACUGAAACUUAGAGGAGACCAUAAGAGAGAUUGAAAUUGUUUUACUUGACAUUUACAUUGUACAUUACAUAGUCUUAUCAAAGUUGUACAUAGUUUAAGUUACUACAACAUACACUAUAGGAGAAACCCCAAUACACUCUGUCGUCCCCAGCUAAUUCGAAAUGUAGUAGGUAAAGACUGAAUGGCUGAAAGCGAAUCGUUGUCCAUUUUCCUCCAUAAGACUGUGACAGGCCUGUCAUUGUGUUAGCUAUUUUUCCUAAUUUUGGGGUCUUGACACUCACCUGGCCAUCGGUUUUUCAAAUGUCAACUCUGAAAAGUAGACUACCAUUUCUUAAGGUCGUGCUGAGAUUGCUUUCCCUCAGACCUUUAGCCGUGAUUCCUGAAAAGAUAUUAUAGGAUUUUUCUGAUAUACACAGUAUUCUGGAGUUAUUGAUUGAUUAAACAGUGCAGUUAGGAAAGUUAUCCGGAAGACAUAGAUAUUUUAUCAAUAUGACAGAAGUUAUUUUACUCUAGAGUUGUUCAUAAUCGGUGACUAGAUUUACACAAGGUUCAUACCAAGAUUAGUAUUCUACAAUAGUAUGGGAAUUUUUUAACUAGCUCUCAAUACUGAGAAAAAAUUAUGGGACAUGAGGUAAAAGUUUUGGAAAAAUGGAUAAAAAAAACCCUUAACAAAUGCUUUUCUACUCGGGCCGCUCGGGUCACGUAAUUUUAUUGAUAAACCCGAGUUUGGAAAAUGAAAAUGUUACGGACUAUGUUUAGGAAAAGAUAUUGAAUUUUCUUUAGAAAACGUACACAAACCCUGGACAAAUUUCUGAUGAGUAUUAAUUGAAAAGUUGAUUGGGAAGGACGUUACAUAGGCCGCUGUUCAGGAACCGGAGCCCGCAGCAGAGCAGAGGGUUGGACUCGGGCAGCAUCAUCCGUCCCCGUUCCCCCCUUCCCCUCUCCUUAAAUUUCCCCCUGGUUUUAUUUCAAGGCAAUCUGAUGCUAUCGUGCAGCUGGUCACCGACUGCAACCCUGGUACAAAUUAAAUCAUACAUUAACAAUCAUGUAAAUACGAUAGAAAUUAUUUAUCAUUCGCAUUAUUGGUACUUCGACUUUGAAGGCCUACCCGUUUGAUUUAUCUUAGAGAUUACUCAUAUUAUCUUAAAAUGAUGGUCUUAAUCAUCAUGAGAGUGUUAUUUAUUAUCGGGUAGUCAUCCCCUUUUGAGGGAAGGAUUGAGUAGUUUUUUUCCUUAUUUCACGAAAGAAUAGGUAAAUAGAAAGUAUAAUUGGCCAUGUUACAGGAGGAAAGGAGUUUCUUGACCUAAUUAUAAAUAGAUGAGUACUGUUGAAAAUCGUGCGAAACCCUCGGCGCAAGAUGUAAAUUUGGUUUUGAAAAUGUUGUGUAAACUCCAACUUGUAACUUUGGCUAAUAAAGAUGUGUUGAUAUGCA